CACACUUGUCUCUGGAGGAGAAAGGCGGUCAUGAGCUUCAGUGUCGGUUUCAAACUACAUUGACCGAAUUAUCUGGUCACACUUCAUUGCAAAGCGACUGAGAAAUUAAUUAAAAAUGGGGAACGUACCAUCAGAGAGUAAUAUGGGCAACAGCCUGAGAUGCAUUGUAUGUGAUAAAGUCUUGCCUCCGUGCCAUUCUUUCAACGAUUUGUACCAAACUACUAUCCAUGGCCAACAUGUUCAUGUCUUCAAUGGAGGCGAAUACUACAGACAAGUCGGUUACAAUAAUCAAUACCAAUGCCAACAUUGUUUUUAUAAGCCAAUCAGAGAUGAGGAACAAAGGAAGAGAGAGGAGGAGAGGAGGAGAGAAGAAGAGAGAAAGAGAGAGGAGCAGAGAAAAGAAGAGGAGAGAAAGAGGGAGCAUCAGAGACAAGAAGAGGAGAAGAAGAGAAAAGCUCAAGAGGCUGAAAAAAGGAGACAAGAAGAAUUGAAUCAAAGGCUUGAGGAAUCACAAAGGCAAGCAGAAGAGCAUGAACAGAGCACCAUGAAAGAGGAACUUGUGACCAAGCAACGCGUUCUAAUAACCCAUCUGGAUGAAUUUGAAGCAAAGAACGAAUCUGAUUAUGAUGAUCUUCUGGAAACUCUUUCAUCAAAAUGCAGCAUCCCAGUUUCAAACCUCAGUCUGGUUCAGCUGAGUGCUGACCAGCUGGGCAGCAUCCUGUCAGCCCUGGACAAACUCCUGUUUGAUGAAUGGAUCAGUGCUCCUCCAUCUCUGAGCACUCUGCAGCAUGCCCAGGUGUUAAUCACAGAGCUGUGUGCCCUGUCCCUGGAGAUAUCUGAGGGAGUUUCCCUGAAGGGCAUCUCCAAUCAUGUGCAGUCCGUGUUGAGCCACAUCAGCCAAUCAGCAUGCAAUGUCUCUGAGAGUUUCCUGCUGACUCAAGCCCUGUACCUGAACAUGAUGCACUUCUUCACUGACCCUGGCAGCUGUGAUGCAGCUCUCAUAGCUAAACAAUGGGCUGAGGAGGACCUCACAGCUGAAGAUCUCUUUCUUAUAGAAUUCUUGGGCACACUCACAACAUCACUACAGAGUGCAGUUGGAAGAGCCUCCACGUUCAUUUUGAAGAUGGAGAUCCAGUGCUUGGAGCUUCUCCUGUCCACACUCACACAUUUAAAUAGCAAGGAGAGACAUGUAGGAUCCACUGAAAUACUCCUCAGAAUUGUGCAAACAAACAAAUGGACACCAACUGAGGCAGUGACUCUGCUCAAAGUGCUGUCAGAGAAAUAUAAAGAGGAUGCUCCCAUCACUAAAGUGCUCACAUUAGUACAAGUGUAUGACCUAUCACCAGAGUGGACAGAUGACUCUGGACACUCCCUCACCCAAGCUCUGGAAGUCCUUGGCCCUGAGAGAUUCCUACUUGACUUCUGUAAGACUCUCAGAAAACAAGAUGAGAGCACUCUAGAUUCAGCUCUAGCAGAAUUAAAAACACUCAAUAACUUAGAUGAUUCUGUUGUCACCAUGAUGAAAAACAUUACCAACGGUGUCCUAAAAUAUUCAGAAAAUGCACCAAAAGGUGAACCUUUUAUGAGAGAUUCCUUCAAAAGUGGAAACCUGAAUUCAAAUGAAAUCCAAAAUUCACUCUCUCAGUUGUGCAAAGCAGUGUCUGACACCAAAGGCUGGUGGCCAACAGUGCUGCAGAUGCUGAGGUGGUGUGUGCUGGUGCUGACUGAGAAGACCGCAACACAUAGAUUGAUUGGUGUGGAGUUGGACCCAUGUGUCACAGCCAUGUUUGCAGCCACAAAAGUACUCAUGGGAAAGAAAGUUGACAUUGUGUUGAGCUCUAACAUUUACUCACUCAAUCAAACUAAAGAGUGGUCUGACUUCUACAAGCACCUGGGGAUUUCACUCAACACAAACUUGAGGAAAGAUAACACAUCAUUGAUGGUUGUCUAUGAAGCCGACAUUGUGUAUGGUACAAUGGAUGACUUUGUGUCUGAUUACCUUCAAUGUGGCUUGAAGGGAAUGGACGUGGGGAGCCCUCUCCUUAGUCGAGGAUUUAUCAUUGAAGACAGAUGCCUCAGUGCUUCCUAUAAUCUGGAACUCUCAGUGCUCAAGGAAAAUGAUGCUUUGGUGUUUGCUGCAGAUACUCUGAAAAGCCUUAUGGGUAUUUUUUACAGUGAGGAGAUGGAACUGAGAGACAGAUUUAUCAAGGGUCUUUUUCAAGUCCUCCAUUCUAACCUUAACAAACGCACAGAUGAAGACAGUAAAGUCAUAGCCAUUUCACAGAAAUGCACUGGAAAAGAUCUGCCUUCCAAUAAGGUCUACGUCCUGUCCAUUCUUGAGAAACUUCUCCAAGAGUUUAGUGGAAAAACAGAAUGUGAGAAACAAGGGGCUUCCCUGGUUGGCAACUUGUGUUUGGAGAUUCUUUUUUUCCAUGCAGGGCAAUUCCAGAUGGUGUCAAAUCUUACAGCACAAAAAAGAUGGUCACCAGAGGAGGUUAUAGCCCUCCUUGUGACAUUAACUGACCACCAUCAUGAUAAAGACAGUAUUUCUAUCGUGAAGAUUUUACAUCUGAUAGAAACAUAUCAAGUGUCUUCUAAGUGGACAAAUGAGAAGAAUCAGUCUCUCCUUGAGCUCUUGAGCAUGCUUGAUACUAAGAAAGUGAUGGAGCAUUUGGAUAGAUGCUUUGAAGAGGAAGAAAUAAAAAGCCUUGAUACUCUUUUUGAUGAAAUUCGGCAGAUGAAAAACAUUGAUGAAAAAACCCUGGAGAAGUCUUAUUCUAUAGUAAAGUGGGUUGAAAACAUGAUUAAAUCGGGUGAAAUCAAAAAACACACUAAUCUAAAGCAAGCUAAGAAGCUGAGUCAUAGCAUAAACACAGAAGAUGUGCAGGAGAUUCUAGCAGUCUUAUGCAAUGCUGUACACAUGUGCAUUGCUGAAGAAAAGUGGUGGCCCAGAGCCACUCAGUUGACAAGCUGGUGCUUCUUGGCUUUGUCUGACACUGGAAAGCUUCUGGAGAUGGGAACUGGAGAGGGGAAGUCAUGCGUCAUAGCAAUGUUUGCAGCGCUGCGUGUACUCCGGGGCGAAAAGGUUGAUGUGGUGUCCAGCUCAUCUGUGUUAUGUCAAAGAGAUGCAGAAGAAUGGAACAACUUCUACAAGUACUUUGACAUCACGGCUGACACAAACACAAACAAGACUAAAGAUGAGGAUAGAAAAAAAUGUUACCAGAAGGACGUUGUCUAUGGAACUAUUGAAACCUUUGCUGCAGAUCACCUUCGCCAGAUAUUUGAGAUGAAGGAUGUGAGAACAGAUCGCAGCUAUCAGUGUAUCAUCAUCGAUGAAGUGGACUCACUGCUGUUGGAUCAGGGAGUGCAGCUGACAUAUCUCUCCAGCCCCAUGGUCUCCAUGCAGCACCUGAAUGUUAUCCUGGCCAUGAUCUGGGGCCAUGCCAGCCAGUAUGGCUUCUUGUCCACAGGACACAUCACAUUCGUACAGGGUCCCCCUUGUUCAUUCUAUAAGAGCAUAUUUGACUCAAUUGACAUGGAUGGAAUAGAUGACCCCAUGGACGUUUUACAUAUAGCUGAAGAGUCAGGGAUUGUGCCUGAGGGAUUUACAAAGGAAAUGUACAAUAGCGAAAAAGACAAACUUUUCAGGAAACUUAAAACUGUGAGUCAGGAUGGCGUGAUCGAUUUUUUCCAAAAGAUUGAGCAGUAUGUCCCCUAUGGUUUCACUGUGUACACGUUAGAUGAUAAAGGAUUGCUCUCUCUUAGAAAGGCCACACCGUACAACAAUCCAGACAUUCCAGAACUUACAUUUCUUGUUUUGGAUGAUGGCUUGUGUUCUGCUCUCUAUGAUUCUGAGGUAGUUCUCGCAAAUCCCAUCACAGAAUUCAUCUUAGAAAAGAUUCAGUACACUCCAUGCACAAACAAUACCGGGAAAAUCAGCAUCCCUGGAUUUUUGAAAAAUCUGAUUGAGACUAAAUUGCCGGUUUGGGUUCAGAAUGCCUUUCUGGCAAAGAGACUGAGGGAAGGACAAGAGUAUGUUGUGGAAAAUGACUGUGUCUGUCCCGUUGACUACAGAUCUACAGGUAUUGUGGAACUAAGUAAGAAAUGGGGUGAUGGCCUGCAGCAGUUUGUUGAGAUCAAACAUCAAAUCAAAAUGAGCACGAUUUCCACAGUGACAAACUUUAUCUCUAACCUUUCCUUUUUUGAAAAAUACAAUGGGAAAAUAUAUGGGACCACAGGGACACUGGGGAGUGAAACCGACAUGCAGUUUUUGCAGGAUCUAUAUCCCAAUCUCUCAGCCUGUAAAAUGCCAACUUUCAACCGGAGGAAAUUAUUUGAGGUCAAGGGCAGUCUGGAGACUUCAGCUGAAGAGUGGCAAUCUAAAAUUACCAAUGUGGUUAAGGACCAAGUUUGCCCAAAUUCAUACAGAGAGGGGAGAGCAGCCUUGGUGAUCUGUGAAACUAUUUCCAAAGCCAAAGAGCUCUAUGAAGCGCUAAAAAGUGUCAUCCCAGGUCAAAUCAUUCUCUACAGCCGGAGUGACAAAGACAGUUUGAGCAAAAUAGAUAAGAAACUGGAUCCUGGGGAUGUCAUUGUUGCAACAAACCUGGCUGGACGUGGCACCAACAUCAAAGUGUCUAAAAAGGUGAACAAAAAUGGAGGAUUAUUUGUGGUCCUCUCCUUCCUUUCUGAGAACACAAGAGUGGAACUUCAGGCAUUUGGCCGAACUGCACGUAAGGGUAAACCUGGAUCUGCACAGAUAAUCAUGACCACUGAUCAUGUACAGGAGUCCCUCAAGACAGUGUCUUCUCUGGAGGAGGCAAAGGAAACAAGAAAUAGACUGGCAGCAGAAAGGACAAAUUACAUGAUGGAUGAUGUUACUGAGAUGAAACUGCGGGAGGACCUUUUCGCAGAGUACUGCAAGACCCUCCACGGAAUUUACAGGAACACCGAUGGAGAUGAGCAAAGAGUUGUUGUUGCCGUCAUGAAUGAGUUCUGGGGGAUUUGGUUACAAACUAAAUCAGAGGAAAUUGACAACUUAAAAAGAAAUGAAUUGGAAAAGAGCUUGAAAGCUGAUUUGUCCCUGGCACAAAGUCAGUCUCAAAGUCAGACUUCACCAUGCUCCAGCAUUUACCACUACAUCAAGUUUGGGAAUCUCGCACUGGGAGAAAAAAAAUGGGAUGUCAGCAUGAAGCUAUUUGAAAAAGCAAUGGGACAAGAUGAAAGUUGGGCAGCCAUAGCUUUUUACAAUCAUGCAUACUGCUCUAUAAAACAGCAGAAGGGAGAUUACCUGACUACGGCCAGCAAUGAUCUCAACAAAGCACAGGAGUCGCUGAAGUACCUCAGUGAGGAAUGCUUGGUCUGCCUGCAGUUUGUAAAAAUAGCCUCUGCUCAAUUAAAAAGCAGUGAACAACCAACCAGCCUUGAGAAACAGUUAACAACCAAGUGCAACUUGUUCAGCUACUUUGAUAAAAACAUUUGUGAGGCUAUCGAGAAGCUGAAGGAAAUAAAAGACAAAGGAAGGGAUGCAACAACCAAGAAAUUACCCAUGUUCUCCCUGGUGUCAAGCACAGAUGAAGAUCUCCAAAUAGAGGCCUACAAUCUGUACAGUAAAGGUCUGGAAUAUGUGUUUUCCGUGGAAGAGCAGCCUCGGUUCCCAUGGGAAGCUCUGCUGGUGUUCUGUCUCGGAAUUCUGCAGAUCGUUGGAGGGGCACUGCUCACUGCCUUUACGUGUGGAGCAUUAGCUCAAGUCGGCAUUGGGCUGAUCGUUGAAGGAGUAUCAGACUGCAUCACUGGCAUUGAGUCCAUGAUUACAGGAGAAUUCAGUUGGCAAUCAUGGGCUAUAGAAAAAGCAAUAUCUAUUGGUAUUUCUCUCAUUGGGUUUGGGGUUGGAAAGCUGGUUACAAAGGGCUUCAAAGCUGCUAAAAUGUUGGUCAAGGCAGUAGGAAAAAAACUUAAGGCAUUACCAAAGUUUUUCACCAAACAGGUUAAAGAAGGCCUUAGCGUUGUUACAAAGACAAACAUGAAGAAUGCAGUGAAACAAACAGCAAAGAAAAUGGCAGAAGAAAUCAUUAGCUAUGCAUUUGGGAAGGCAGAAGAUGCUGUAUUGCAAGAAAUAUUGAAAGGCAUUAAGAAUCAGUUGACAAAGGAUAUUGCAAAUGAUGUAAAAACCAACAUGGAAAAGGAUCCUUUGGCUGGAUUGGUAGACUCCAUUUUGCUCUCUCACCUUGAGGAUAAAAAACAAAUGUCUGAUCUCCUGCAGGAUAAGAACAGAAAGAGCAAACUUCUGGGUAUUUUCAAGCAGAUAAGCGAAACAGCCUUAGAGCCAUUCUACGCUGACCUCGAAUGGCAGAACAAGCUGAACUCAAACAUCGCCACAGUGAUUGACAGUGCAGCAUCAGAGGCCAAAGGCAAAACACUUGCAGUUCUGAGAGUAAUUCAAGGCAUUCACAUGGCCUCACUGGCAGCAGAAGCCACCAGUGCAGUGCUGAGCCUUUCAAGCCAGUUUUUCUCCAACCUUCACAAAGAGCUGAAUACAUUUAAAGAGAAUAACAACUUGAUAGAGAAAGUGAAACAAAAUGAUCUGUCUGCUUCAGAAAUGAAGAUCCUGAAAGACUUCAAGCAGGAGAAGUGUUCCACCAAAAGUUCUCUAGUCACUUUGUUUCAAAGGCUGUAG